AUGAUCCCCCAACAGAAGGCCGACAGACUCAGCCAACCAGACUUCUGCUGGUCCUACAUGGCUCGGCCAUCUUUUCUUCGGACAGUCUUCAACGACGCGCUUUUGACCCCCGAGGUGCUGGAUCAUUCCUAUGCGGGCGGGGGGUCUGUUGUCGACCCAUUCAUCUGCGAGUUCGUACCCAACGAUCCUCAAAAUCCUCAGGCCUGGAGAGCCUUGCGGAGAUGGACAAUAUGCAUCGCCGCAGCCGGAACCACCUUUGUGGUGUCUUUCUGCUCGUCGACAUACACCGGAGCCGAGGCCGGGCUCGCGGCCGAGUUUGGCGUCAGUGAGGCUAUCGUGAACCUGGGCCUUGCGCUGUUCCUCGUCGGCUACAUCAUCGGACCGCUGAUUUGGGGCCCCAUGUCCGAGGUAUACGGCCGCAGAAACCUCAUGAUCGGCACCCUCGCCCUCCUAACCGCCUUCAAUAUUGGCGCGGCCGAAGCCAACGACAUGCCCACCCUCCUCGUCUGUCGUUUUCUCGGCAGCAUCUUCGGGUCCUCGCCCAUGACGAACGCAGGCGGCGCCGUUGCGGACCUGUUCUCUGCUGCUGAGAGAGGGGUUCCCGUCGCUGUUUUUGCCGCCGGCCCGUUCAUGGGGCCCGUCCUUGGCCCCAUCGUCGGCGGAUUCGCUGGCGACUAUGCGGGCUGGCGCUGGGUCAUGAGAGUCAUGGCCAUCGUAUCCGGUGUGCUCUGGGUACUGGGCACGCUUCUCAUUCCCGAGACAUAUGCUCCCGUCAUUCUCGAACGACGAGCCAAGGCGCUCGAGAAGGCGACGGGCAACAUCUUUCGAACUCGGCUGCAGAUGAGUGGCUCACGUCCGACACUGGCACGGUCGAUCCGCAUCGCCCUCUCACGCCCCUGGGCCCUCCUCUGCCGCGAGCCAAUCGUCACCAUCAUGUCCAUCUACAUGGCACUCGUAUACGGCACUCUCUAUAUGAUGUUCGGUGCGUUCCCUAUCGUCUACCAAAAGAAUCGCGGAUGGAGCGCGGGCGAAGGCGGCCUGGCGUUUCUCGGACUCGCUGUUGGCAUUGUCGUCGCCAUUGGGCUCAUAAUACCGGAUGAUGUUUACCGUUUCAAGAAGAUUGAACGAGAAGCCAUAGCGCGAAACGAGCUGGGAGCAGCCCCUGAAGCUCGCCUCCCGCCCGGCAUCGUUGGCAGCGUGAUGAUGCCCAUCAGCCUUUUCUGGUUCGCAUGGACAAAUGGACCCGAUGACCACUACAUCGUGAGUAUCAUAGCCAGCGUCCCCUUCGGGGCCGGCAUGCUCCUCGUCUUCUUCAGCCUCACGCAAUAUCUGGUCGACUCGUACACCAUCUACGCAGCCAGCGUCAUCGCAGGUAGCGGCAUUGUCCGGAGCCUGUUUGGCGCAGCUUUCCCCAUGUUCACGACGAAAAUGUAUGAGGAUCUGGGAAUCCACUGGGCUUCGUCUGUGCCAGCUUUCCUGUCGUUGGCCUGUGUGCCCUUUCCGCUGCUGUUCCACAGAUACGGUGCGCGCAUCCGUGAGAGAUGCAAGUACUCCCGCCAAGCAGCUGAAGCCUUGGCCAAGAUCAAGCUGCAUGAAACAGUCACCGCAUCGGACUCACGCGACGAGGCUAAGCUAAGACAAGGCCCCCUUGAGGCGUGA